UUGAUUUUUCUACGCGGACGUGAGUUCUAUGAAAUUUUUUACAUUCAACCACAAAUAAAAGACAUAUAUGUUGAAAAACUAUAAUGUUCUAAAAGAAGAAAUAUUAUAUUGUUACGGAUCGUGAUUGGUUGAGUAUAGCUAUUACCAUCGAAUUAUAAAAAGUGAAGAACUUGUAUGUUAUACUACCUGGCGCAAAGACGUCCGGUAAAUUUCUAAUGUUUUUUUGAAAUAAGAAUUCGCGCCUAAAUGAGUGCUAAAGGCCAACACAAUUGCGUUUUGUGUGACUCAAAAUUAGAAUCCAAGGAAGCUUUGCAGGCACAUUUUAGGAAGCAUGCCAACAAAGAAAUAGAUACUCGUGGUAGACCUGUGAAAACAAGCAAAAAUGAUGAUACCCAAUGUGAUAUGUGUGGACAAGCUUUUGAUUCAAUUACUGCAACAAUACGACACAGAUUUAAAGUUCAUCCUAAUUCACCAACAAAAUUUUAUUGUCACUAUUGUGGGAUGCAAUUUCCUUUAAAAACACACAGGGAUAAUCAUCAAGUAUCGCAUGAUUCAUCUGAAAGUGAGAGAAAAGAACAACAUAAAAAGUGCGAAGACUGUGAUGUAUUAUUUUAUAAUGAAAAGGCUUUAGAUUAUCAUUAUCGAUCUAUACAUAAAAGAAUGGUACAUUUGUUUCAACCAAUAGCAACACCACCGCCUAGUAAUAAAAUCAAAGUGAAUUCAAUGAAUGAUGCCCUCAGUGUAUAUUAUUGUCAUUUAUGUGGUGCUGAGUAUGUCAUAAAAUUCAAUUUGCAACGACAUUUGGAAAGAGCUCAUACUCAAGAAGAAAGAGAAGCUGUACCAGAAGAUUUAAUAAAAUGUACAGUAUGUGCUGCUUUAUUUUGCAGUAAAAAAGCAUAUGAAGUACAUAACAGCUAUCAUCAACCAGAUGAUCUAUAUGUAACAUCAGAGGAACAAAGACUACAAACUGUAACUAAAGUAGAUCAAGAUUUUGAUAUUAGGCGUGUCGAAGGAGUUGCUGAUAAAUACGUCCCAAAAACUAAUACCCCUAAAAGGCCAGCUAAAAAUUGGCCAAAGCCUAAAAGAACACAGAAAGUAGAAGUAAAACAAAAAGAUUAUUCUUCUUCAGAUGAUGAACCUGGUGCUAUUAUUGAAUCCAGUGAUUCUGAGAGUGAUCUUCCAUUAAAACAAAGGAUUUGCAGCUAACGGAGGUCUUUUUAUUGUUUACAAAAU